AUGAAAAUGCUCGAUGAGGUUGAAUAUAUCCUGGCUGAAUGUGGUGGUGAUCCUCCCGAAGAACCAGACUGGAAACGACUGUUUGGGUCCAAUGUUGCAAGAGCAGACACCGAUACCAUAAGAGAGAAGAUUCGAGUUCAAGAGGCAAAGCGGCAUUUGACCUGGGUCCUUGUUGCUCUGAGGGUUCAAGCGGAAAUUCAGAAUGCAGAGAAACCAAACGGCGGCGUUGACAUCUCCGUUCUGCUGUCUCAAACGUGGGUGAAUUCUGCCUCGCAUGAAGCCAUGAGACAGUACAUCAAUACAUUGGUAACCAGUUAG